AUUUUUUUAGAACUCCCAAUCCUGUCAAAAUACCGACUAACCUAUAAAUGAUCUAUCUGUGCGUUUGAAAUAAACUAAAUUUUAAAUGAAUCCAGGAAAUUACAACAACGACGAUGAAGCCCGCAAAUUGCCACCGGGUCAACAACAAAGAACCAUGGCCCAGUAUAAAUUUAGUCCAGAAGAAAUGCGUGUAAUGCGAGAAUGCAAUAAAGAGAGUUUUUGGCAAAGAUGUUUACCUCUCGGAUCAGCUUUAGGCGUUGCUGCUUAUUUAGGAGUUCAGUCAGGUUAUUUAAAAAGGCAUCCAAGAUUUGGCCCAGCUCCAAAAGUGGUAGUAUCAGUAAUUGUUGGUUAUUUCGUUGGAAAAUUUUCUUAUCAAUCCAAAUGCGCGGCAAAACUCAUGCAAUUACCUAACAGUCAAAUAGGUGAGAUGUUAAGACAAAGAAGAAGAGGUAAUUUUCAAGAAACAAUUGAUUCUGGUUUUGGUCCUGGAAUGUCUUUAGCUCCAUUUAGUACCCCCACUGAAACUUACACAGAUGUGCCCCCAUCAAACAGCUUGGAUAUUGACACCACCAGACCACAAUAUGAUGGUUUGGAUGAUAAUUUUAGACCUUCUCUCGAUAGUAAUCCUAUUUACGAAGAAGAAAUGCCUCCAGAAACAAAAUAUAGUACUUCUUAUGAUGAAUUACGAAAGAGAAAUCGAGAUGAAUACCAAAAUGUUAGAACUGGUGGUUAUAACAGAAUACAAGAUCAAAGAUCGCAGCAAUCAUCUGCCCAAGUUCUUGCGAAAGAUAUGCAACCAGCAGAGACCCCACAGCAAACAAUUAGAACUAAUAAAUAUGGAGAUACAUUAAUUUAAAAAAAAAAUCAAUGGUGUUGUUGUAAAAGAAGGAUUUUUUUUAGUUGUGUAAAUAAAUGCACAUGUUAGAAAGGAUAUAUAUACUCUUUAUUAAUUGAUUAAAGAUAUCUCCCAUA